GAUUCUUCCCCAUUGCUGCCGAAAUGCGCGACCCAUCGUUAUAUACACGAGCCCUACUUAUUUGCCAAGGAUCUGUCACAGCGAUCUAUAUCGCGACUGGGAUCGUGAUAUAUUAUUACUGCGGCUCUUACGUUGCAUCGCCCGCUCUGGGCUCGGCUGACAUAUUGAUAAAGAAGAUUUCUUACGGCAUCUCUCUCCCUGGCCUGAUAGUCAGCACGAUUGUUGUACUUCACUUCCCAAGCAAAUAUAUCUUCGUCCGCAUCCUCCGUGGCUCAAGACACCUUACAUCAAACUCAUUUAUCCACUGGGCUACCUGGCUCGGUUGUACGUUCGCCAUCACGGUAUCCUCCUAUCUCAUAGCAAGCGGAAUCCCUAUCUUCGGCGAACUUGUCUCCCUGAUCGGUGCUCUGCUUGGAACGUUCCUCUCCUUCCAGCCGAUGGGGUGCAUGUGGCUCUAUGAUAAUUUGAAACGCGGCAGAGAGAACCCGACAGUGAUGUGGGCGCUUCUGGGGGUUUGGAGCAUUAUAGUAAUCGCUUUGGGCUCGUUUAUCAUGGUCGCAGGCACGUACGGAUCUAUCGUGAGCAUUGUUGCGUCUAGUAAAGCCGCAUCCGGGGCUUCGGCGUGGUCGUGUGCUGAUAAUUCCAACUCCUGA